CUGAACAUUCAUCCCAGUGAGAAGCAGCCCUACCACUGUUUUCAGUCGCUGUUGUGGCUGCGAAGAAGAGUUGUCGGCUUGUAUGUAAGGUUCACCGUGAUUCACCCUGAGGCUCGGCGAGGCUUCUUUAAAUUGACCGACUAACCGAACAAGCCCCCAGGGGCGUCUGUGGAGAAACUCCAGGUCUGUACCGGCGCAGUUAAUCCUGCAGGUGCUGAAGAAGCUGCAGGUUUGUAACAAGCAGAGGAUCAAGCUCUGGGCAGUCUAAGGUGAAGGUGGACGGGAUGUUGACCCAGCUGUUGGUUUCUUUGUGAAGCAUCUGAAGAGGUAGGUUGUGACCAUGCGCUGCCUGGCUGCUCGGGUCAACUACAAGACCCUCAUCGUUAUCUGCGCCCUCUUCACGCUCAUAACGGUGCUGUUAUGGAACCGCUGCUCCAGUGACAUCUCUAUCCGUUUCCUGCCCCGGGCCGCCUUUGUGGCUCCAAGUGCAAAGAUCAGCAGCAGCCAACAGCAACCUCCACAACCUCCAGAGCCCCCACCUGUUGUCGGUGUUGUUGGUGGACUCAAAUUUGAAGAAAUUGACUGCCUAAUCAACGAUGAGGCCACUAUCAAAGGCAGGCGAGAGGGAGGGGAGAUCUACCUGCCCUUUAGCUGGGUGGAAAAAUACUUUGAAGUAUACGGCAAAGUGGUGCAGUAUGAUGGCUAUGAUCGCUUUGAGUUCCAGCACAGCUACUCCAAGGUCUAUGCCCAGCGUGAGCCCUACCACCCUGAAGGAGUCUUCAUGUCCUUCGAAGGAUACAACGUGGAGGUUCGCGACCGUGUUAAAUGCAUCAGUGGAAUAGAAGGCGUGCCUCUCUCCACUCAGUGGGGCCCUCAGGGUUACUUCUAUGCCAUCCAGAUAGCCCAGUACGGUUUGAGCCAUUACAGCAAAAAUCUGACGGAGCGUGCUCCCCACGUGGAGGUCUACGACACAGCCGAGGAGAAGGACAGCAGGGUCAGCACAGCAUCCUGGGAUGUGCCGAAAGGUUGCAGCCUGAGUCGUGUCUAUGACAAGACAAGAUCUACCUCUGUGCGUCAGUUCAGUGCUCCAGAGUCCUCAGAGGGCAUCUCCCUGCAGCUGGGCAACUCGAAAGACUUCAUCCUCAGCCUGGACUUGAAGUUUACCUCCAACGGUAGCGUGUCAGUGGUCCUAGAAACCACAGAGAAGGGGCCGCCCUUCACCAUCCACUACAUGACCAGCACGCAGCUCAUCGCCUUCAAAGACCGUGAUGUCACCUACGGCAUCGGGCCUCGAUCCUCCUGGAGCACGUUGACCAGAGACCUGCUGACCGACCUAAGGAAGGGAGUCGGGUUAUCAAACACGAAGGCCGUCAAAGCCACAAAGAUCAUGCCCAGACGGGUGGUCCGGUUAGUUCUGUAUGGGCGUGGCUUUGUCGACAACGUCACCAUCUCCACCACUGCCCACAUGGCCGCCUUCUUCGCUGCCAGCAACUGGCUGGCGCGCCACCAGGACGAGCGAGGCGGAUGGCCCAUCAUGGUCACCCGAAAACUCGGUGAGGGCUUCCGGCCCCUGGAGCCCGGCUGGUACUCGGCCAUGGCUCAGGGCCAGGCUAUGUCCACCCUGGUGAGAGCCUACCUCCUCACCAAGAACCAGGCUUACCUCAACGCCGCCCUCAGGGCGGUCGGACCUUACAAGGUGCCUUCAGCGCAGCACGGGGUCAAAGCCGUGUUCAUGAACAAGUACGACUGGUACGAGGAGUACCCCACCACCCCCAGCUCGUUUGUCCUCAACGGCUUCAUCUACUCACUGCUGGGACUUUACGACGUUGCUGAGACUGCAGGAGAGAUUCUGGGCAGGGAGGCGGGGCAGCUGUUCAGCCGCGGCAUGGACUCUCUAAAGGCCAUGCUCCCCCUCUUCGACACAGGGUCCGGGAGCAUCUACGACCUGCGUCACUACAUGUUGGGCACGGCGCCCAACCUGGCCCGCUGGGACUAUCACACCACGCACAUUAACCAGCUGCAACUGCUGGCAUCCAUAGACAACGCUCCCAUCUUCAGGGAUGUGGUGAAGCGCUGGAAAAGCUAUUUAAAAGGGAUUCGUGCCAAGCACAACUAGUCGAACUCAGCAGAUUUUACCGCUGAGUUUAGAACAGAAUCAGUGUUUAGGCUGUAGUCGCAAAUCAGAAGGUUUUAUAAAGAGGGUUGUGUGUGCGUGUGCGUGUGUGUGAGAGUCACUUCUGGUUGACGGCCUGAAAGACGAGUUGCGAUACUUUUAACUUUUUGUGCACUGUUGCAGGUUCGACAUUUUUCGCUACGUUGACUGUAGCUCUGUUGUUUGUGUCCCUGGAGCUGGUGUUUGUAAUCAAACACCGACCUAGUUUCAGUGUGUUUGUUUGCAUUCAAAAAGAAUGAUUGUGUGAAGAAAAAAUAUUACACGUUGGAACAUUUUUUACUUUCUUUAAUUCAUUAUUUCUCAUGUAUAAGUUUUCUAUUUCACAUCAGAUCAGAAGUUUACUAAAGUAAACUGUGGAUAUCAGAGUAUGUUAUAAACUGUGUGAAGGUGUUGCCAUGACAAUAUAAUCAAAAGAAGAUGCUUUAAUCCAGAAGGUAAACGACCAGAUCUUUGCUCAGUGAUUAUUUUAGUCACAUUUCACACUUAUGACAAAUAAUUAUAGUGACAGAUUAUCUCCAAUAGUUAUUUUUAUCCCUUUUUCUUUUUUGUUAAUUUGUUGGUUAAUCUAAAAAUCUAGAAGCGACGUCUAAUAAGCUAUUUAAUGCCAACUCUGAAGGAUAAAUAAUUGAGGGAGCCGAAGUGUUUCUGGUUUCUGUGAGACAUCAAGCUUUAAUCAUAAUGGUUGAGGACAUUGUUGCUACCAGGAAACUGCUCUCAGCUGCUUUGCUGGGCUUUUAAUAGGCCACAAAAACAAUAAACCAGGCGUCAGACAAAAAAAAACCCUCUGCAUCACUUCGAGUUCACCUUCGAAAGUGAAAUCUGUGGAAGCUCUGCUGAAUCGGUUUGAGCACCAAGGUGGUUGCAGCUAAUCACAAAUCAGGGAAAAAGGUUUGCAAAAGUAACAUUUGCCAUUCAAUGAAACUCACUUUUUUCCCCAUUUUUUAGCACCCUCUGCUUUUAUUGGCACCUCUGGUAAAAAUGCCUUAAAAGCUUUCGGAUAAUUUGCCAGAAUUUGGUAAAUUUGGAACGUUCUCUACCCUCGUUUCAUCACAACUUCGGUACUAUUCAACUUUUUACUGAACAGACUGUAGAAAUGGGCAAGAUUUUCUUGACUUAUUGUGCUCUUGUUUUUCCUACUUUGAAGAGUAACAAAGACAAAUGUCUCAUAUUUGCUCUAGUUAAAAGUUCCUUUACACUGAUCAACACAUAAAAAGUACACAAAAAUGCUUUCAGUUAUUUCUUUUUUUUAUUUUAUUUUUUCCACUGUUCAAGGUUCUAGAAAUUGUGAAUCUAGUGAUUUAAAAAAAAAAUAACCUGAGUUCUUAGAGUCAGUAUUAGUUAACUGUGUAAGUCUGUGCUGUGGCAAAAGAAGAUGGAUCUCAGGUACAGCCCAGAUCUAACCUAGAAUAUUGAACCUUUUUUAAAGAUGUGUUGGCAGCAAUUAACAAGGAAAUGACUACAGGUGGAAGUGGUCGUCGUAUCAAAUACUUCUCUUUGUUUGCCAUUUUAAAUGCUUCCUGAUUUAAAAAAAAACCCCACUAUAUUAUCACCUAAUUAAUCUUUCUAACAAUUAAAACAUUCUUGUUUAUCUUUGCUUUUUGGUGUCUGUUUCCAUCCUAAAAGCCUGUCUUCUAUCACUCUUCAUUCUGAUUGCCAGAAACAAGUGUAGGUGGCGUUGAUGACGGUCUUGUGCGUGUCGAGGUAGAUGGACGUGGGCAGCAGAGCCACAGCUGUCGUGUCAGUUCAUAAUGUUUAGAUCCAGACAAUGCCAGCAGCAGCUGGAGGUAAAUUCUUCAACACGGACGCUGCUGGUCUCUGCAGACUCCCGUUGCACCCCCUCACCUCCUCUAAGAGCACGAACCGCACCAUUUUAAUCUGAGCUGCAAGGAGGACACUCACAGCUCACCCGACUAAUAGGGUGGAGAGGCCGCACACAGUUACAGUCCGCAUUCGUGGAUGAGUCAGUGUCCUCUCAAAACAAAGUGGAGCUCCUCAGCAUCAAUGAAGCACUGAUCGAUCUGCUUUAUAGAUGAACUCCAGGAGAUUUGAGGUGAUUCAUCCCUUUAAAGGGAGCUGAUUUUUUCUUUUUAAAAAUGGUGUAAUCGGAGGUCAGAUUGUGUUCCCACACAGUCCGCUUUCAUAUUUUGAUGCAAGCUAAGCAGACAAAAUCAAAGAAGCCUGUGACUUAUUUUAAUGCGGCGUUAUGUAGUGUUAAUUUCUGAAAGAAACAACGUAUUCUAUUUAGUUUAUCCUGGAAGUAGAAUAUGUAUCUUAUUAUGCCACUUAAAUAAGCUGCUCUCGUGUAUUUUUAUGUUAUACUAAGUUGUUAAAUACUUUGACACAAUAACUAUUUAAAUCAUCUUUUAUUCUUUAUGCUCCAUGUUUUUUUUCCUUUCCCUGCUGUUGGCAGUAUUUACAUAAUUUAUAGUUUUCGUCCAGACAAGCAGAAAUUAGUCUUCGAAAAGGAAAAUUCAUAAAUGGAGGUCUUGUGUUUUGAUACCAAUUUCUACGUUUUUUAUACCAAAGUCACCUAUUCAGUACGUUUAUUUGUAUAUUUUUGUGCAAACUUGCUUCCAUUCAGCAUUUGGUCUUCAGUCUCAGAGAUAUUAUGGAAAGACACUGCCUUUCCAUUAUAGGUGUAGGCUGAGUAGAUUAUAGCAAAACAUAAAGGAAUAAAAAAAGAUCAACUCAUGUUAAACUUGCUUAUAGUAAAGGAGGUUUGUGCAACUAGUGGUUAGAGGCUAAUCUGCUUCUGUUGAAGAGGGAAACGAGCCAGGUUGCACCAUUUUCUUUCACGAAAUCUGUUGGGAUCAUAAGCAGCAGAUUAAGUUUGUUUUGGUUAAUAAAAGCACAAGUGCAGGUUAUUGUCACCUGAUUUGUUGUAUUUCUUCUUGAGUUUUCUUGUUUUAGGACAAAGUGCAACAGCUUCACUAAGCUGCUAUUGUUAUUCACUGUGUAAAAAUGGGUAUGAGAACUUAUUUUCUUCUCACUUUAGUAGAAUGUGAUAAUCUGAUUUAACAGAAAUCUUCAACAAAUGGCCUUUACAGGUCAGUGUGAUUUAUGCAAUAAGGUGUUUACUGGGACUUGUGGCUCCACCACAGAUCCAGAGUGGUUGUACAGACUUUGCAAUCUAAGCACAAUGUGCAAAUGCUCCCAUUUUUUUAGUCCAAGUAAGAGGUGUUUAUAUACAGAGUCAACCUUUGUGCUUUAAAACUUUGCUUUCUAAAGUGUAAAAGAAAUUGAUAAUAAAAGCAUUUUUUCUUAA